AUGACUAGAACUAACAAAUGGACUGUUCACGAAGCUAAGGCUAACGCUCGUUACUUUACUCGCAAUGGUAACUUCGGUGAGUCUCCAAACAGUGUCAAGAGAGAAGGUUCCGGUAAGGGUAACUGGGGUAAGCCAGGCGACGAGAUUAACGACUUGAUAGACGCCGGCGAAAUCCCACCUAUCUUCAACAAGCAAAGACGCGGAUCCAACAACCAGCAAAACGAACAUAAGUUGGGUAAGGUCCAGAACCGUGAGUUGUAA